UGAGAACAUGUGCGUAAUAUAAUUUGUUUGUUUUGCAAUUAUCAUUUUUAGAAUUCAGGAAAAAUAAAAUUUAGGUAAAUACAAUGAAAAAUACUGAAGGCGGUGUAGAUUUUCAUAAUGUUCGAUUUUACAAUUUAUCACCACGUUCAAUUGAAUCUAUUUCAUAUAACCGUUUAAAUGGGAAAAUAGCUCUUUGCAGAGGAGAUUCUUCGAUAGAAAUUUGGGAUGUUACACAUGUUCCUGUAUUAGAAAAAACGAUAGUUUCUGAAGUUAAUAAUAAUUAUUCAAUUGAAGAUUUAUCAUGGUUCGGUAAUCGGUUAUUUUCGGGAGACUUGGCUGGUAAAAUUAUAGAAUAUGACUUAAAAACACUGAAACGGAAAUCCGAGCAAUAUGUGACCGGGAAUUCUGUUUGGUGUUUAGAUGUCAAUAGUAAACAUAAUUGUUUAGCUGCAGGAACCGAAGAAGGAUAUAUUAAUAUUUUCGACUUAACUGAAGACAGUUUAAUUUAUAAAAGUGUUUUCGAUAAACAAGAUGGCAGAAUUUUAUGUUGCAAAUUUAGCUCAAAUGGAGACCAUAUUGUUACUGGUUCUAUAGAUGUCAUAAGAAUUUGGUGCACAAAAACUGGGCAUGCCAUUAGAAAAAUUUCAGUGGGCAGAGCCGAAAAGAAAAAGGAAACCAUUGUUUGGGCUAUUCAACUUCUAAAAAAUUUUACCAUUAUAUCAGGAGAUUCAAGGGGUCAACUCACAGUUUGGGAUGGAAAUAACGGGAGUCAAAUCGAAUCUCACCAAGUUUUUCAAAAGGAUAUUCUAGCACUUGCGGUUAAUGAAGGAGAGGACGUUUUAAUGUGUUCUGGAGUUGAACCAAUGAUAAGAAUUUUUUGUUUGACUACCAUAACUAAACAUAAUCAAACAUUCAAAAGAUGGAUUAAAUUUUUGCAGAGAUAUAUACAUGAUCAUGACGUCAAAGCUUUAACUUUUGCGGGACCAAAAAUUAUUUCGGGAAGUGUUGAUGGCUUUUUAGGAUUUUCGUACUACUCCAAAAGUCGUCAAGAAAUCAAAAAAUGUGGUCCUUUUUUACAAAAUCCAUCUAUAUGCGUCGCAAACAAUGUUAGACAAAUAUUGUUGAGGUAUCCAGAUUACUUAGAGGUUUGGAAGUUGGGUGACAGUGAGAGAAGCACUGCAGAAAAAUUAAUGGAAAUGAAAUCGAAAAACGGAGAUUUUAUCGUUUGUGCGGCGAUGUCAUCAAAUGGUGAAUGGUUAAUAUAUUCCACAAUAUCAACCAUUCGGUUAUUUGGUUUAACUUUUCAAAAUGAAUCAUUAAAAGUUUCUAAAAUGAAGGUACUUUUCAAAGAGUUUUCGCCUGCAAUAAAAGUACUUUUUUCUCAUAAUUCGCAGCAAAUUUAUCUUUUUAAAGCUACUAACAAAGUGGAAAUAUUCGAUAUAUCAAAAAGCACUAUUAGUUACCAAGGGAAAUUAAACAUUUCCAAACAAGUUGAAGAAAUUCCACAUAUUGCGUUAUUUUCAAAAGAUGAUCAAUGUUUAGUUGUUGGAACGACUUGUAAAAAAAUUUGCAUUUGGCGUAAAGAUGAAAAAAGCAAUUGGCGACACCACACAACUCUCCCGAGAAAUUCAGCUCCAAUUACUGCUAUAGAAUUUCAUCCAGUUUUACCCAAGAUUGUAGCAGUCUUUUCAGAUGGAAAAAUUUUUGACUACCAUAUAACGAAAAUGAAAAUUGUUAAUCUUCAAAUGAUAGCAGAGAAUGAAUUCGCUAAUGAUUGUGUAAAGAAUAUUUUACUGUAUGAUGAUGACGAUGGGAAAAUGAUUUUGCAAACAGAGAAUGCGUUAAUAUCUUGCAAUUGGGAAAUACAGCCAAAUCAAAAGCAGCAGAAGUUAAGCAAUUCCUCAAUAACUGAAGAAAAUUUAGCUCUAAGGAUAGUUUCCAAUAGAUUAUAUGAUAAUUUAAUAGAUACUAGAUGGUUAUCGCAAAAUGAAAUUGUUGCUGUUGGUGUUAAUCCUAUAUCUUUGAUAGAAAAGUUGCCAAAUGCUUUUAAGCGAAAAGUAUUUGGUGCAAAUUAAAUUACUUUGUUCUAAGCCAUAAAAAUUAUAAAAUACAUUCGUCAAAAUUUUUAAACUUUUUUCUUUUAUUAAUAAAAUAUUCAA